AUGGCAUUAAGAGUUGAGAAACUUACUAGUAGUUUGGUGGAUGUGACUAGCAAUGAAUGUCACCUUAAAUUAUUGGAAUAUUUGGAAGUCAAAUUGAAAAAUCGCACGGAUGACAACACAGCUAGAAAAAUAAAGAUUAAUUCCCUGGAGUUUGCAAAUGUAUUUGCUUGCUCUGGAGGAUUUAGAGUUUGGACCAUGCCGUAG